CGGACCUCACGUAAUAUCAGCAGCUCUCUCAGCAGGGGCAUAGAAAUGAUUUCGCCAAUAGCGUAUUUUCCUAGAGUAUAGAUUAUACAAUAGUUUAGCUUUUUGAUAUGGAACGCGUUUCGUCUAGGCUCCAUCCCCUUCCCGGCGUGCUCCUGCAUGCUUCGCGGUCAGAAAUGGCUUCACCACAGUCACCGUCUCUACCAGCCCCUGUCUAGAGUACACCCCAGAGGAAGAACAACCCAACGGUUGCAGAAAGAGAGAUAGAGAAAGAGAAAGCAGCGGACUGUAAAUUACGCGGUGUUUACCUAAUUGUUAAAUUCAGCUUUUUGCUCUUCCAUCAAUUGGCAGAUUUGGGGACGUUUGCUACGCCCGGUGUAGCGGUGUAGAGGUCUAUUCGUCAGCAUCACCCCCAUACCUUUCCGAUGGGCCAGCGAGCUUGCGUCACGGUCACUAUAAACAACCGGGAGAACGCAGACGCGGACAACGAAAUGAGGACCGAUACAGAAUGAAGGGGAUAUGUACAGUAUCGGUGAAGAAACCCGUGCUUAUUGCAAUGCUGCCUGAAGAAUGGGAGCGGGUUCCUCCAGCGCGAUUAAGUUCCUUUCGGACGGUUUGCAACUCCAGCGCGCGAUUAUUGGAGGACGGCCCCACGUGACUUCACGGUUUACCCCUCUGGGCGAACACAACACUGCAACCGAACCUGCUGGAUGCGUCACCGGACACGGUGAGGGAGGCCACGCGCCACAAUUCCGAGAGAUUCCACUCUUCCAGCGUUCAGUCACCUCUUCUGCUUGUAUCAGCUGUACGCCGUACCCGACUGACCCGUUAUGGGGCACCCCGGACCCGGUGGAUACCCGCCAUGCCAAGGGCAAAGCACUCGUCAGAGACAAGAGGUGCAGUGCAUCCACUUACUUCCUCUCACCGAGGCAUCUCUUCCCUUGGAUGAGAGAAACUCGGCAUGACCUACACCAGAGUGCAUCGGACUCCAACGAAUUCGGUGAUUCAGUGUGCAGUCGCAACGAGGCUGGUGGUCUCCCAAGUAGAGGAAGAGACGGAGGGCGAGACGGAGGGAGGCGAGCGAGGACGGCGUUCACCAGUACUCAGCUAGUGGAGCUGGAGAAGGAGUUUCACUUCAGCCCCUACCUAUGUCGACCGCGCAGGCUGGAGAUGGCUGCGGGCCUGAGGCUCACAGACCGGCAGAUCAAGAUCUGGUUCCAGAACCGACGCAUGAAAUACAAGAAGGAUCAUAAGGAGGACAGAGGCACGGCGACUGAGACACCGUCGCCGUGCCUCUCUACCACCACACACAUGCCAUCCCUCAGCCCAAGGUCCUCUGUUGGAGUUGGGUACUCGGGAUUCAGAAGUGCUGGUCUGGUGAGAGGGACUCGGUCUCCAAACCUUCUCCUCGUUAAUUGUGAUCGUACCCCGGCGUCGGGUUCUCACAGUAAGGCCAGUGACUGUUUACGUGUUACUCCCAUGGACCUUCCCCAGCUCACCACCGGAACUGCGCCUGACUCUGAUAGUCUGCAGUCGGCCCUUACGGUUGUAGACAGCGGAUGUUUGUGCACGGGUCUCUCCAAACUCGCCCCAGGGCACCUAUCCUCUUAUGUUGACAGUGACAUCAGUGCAUAUUUCAGAUGUGGAGGAUGCCUCUUAGACCUAGAACCCCCUACACUUACUCACCUGUAAGAGCAGGCCUAUGCCGCAAACCUAAACACCUAGACCUUCAGUAAUAUGUGUGUGUGUAGGUGGUCAAUUCAAAUUCCAAAAGCGACCACUACUGACUGCCCCCUCUGUUCCUGUUCCACCUUGUGGCAAAAUGUUAUCUUUUUUUUAUCAAAAUUGACAUGAUUUAUAUUAGCAAUAAAAUCCCCAAAGACAUCCUGCUACUAUUUUGCAUGUCAAAUGCAUGUUUUGAACACAUUAUCAAUCCAUUUUUGUAUUUUCAUGUGUCAUGGCUUGUGCUUGUCGUCUAUUUAAAUCAGAGAGAAAGGAAUUUUACUUUGCGGUAUGGGUAUCACGUGUUAUGUUAGGAUCCCGAUGAAGACAUUUUGUCUGUCGAAAUGUCGGUUAAUCAAUUAUUGCACCUGAGCUCCUGGAAUGUGAGGCUCUCCUUUUCUUUUUCAAGUGUUCUACUCCGCUAGCCAGCACCUCGCCGAAACAGGUGUUCUACUCCGCUAGCCAGCACCUCGCCGAAACAGGUGUUCUACUCCGCUAGCCAGCACCUCGCCGAAACAGGUGUUCUACUCCGCAAGCCAGCACCUCGCCGAAACAGGUGUUCUACUCCGCUAGCCAGCACCUCGCCGAAACAGGUGUUCUACUCCGCAAGCCAGCACCUCGCCGAAACAGGUGUUCUACUCCGCAAGCCAGCACCUCGCCGAAACAGGUGUUCUACUCCGCAAGCCAGCACCUCGCCGAAACAGGUGUUCUACUCCGCUAGCCAGCACCUCGCCGAAACAGGUGUUCUACUCCGCUAGCCAGCACCUCGCCGAAACAGGUGUUCUACUCCGCAAGCCAGCACCUCGCCGAAACAGGUGUUCUACUCCGCUAGCCAGCACCUCGCCGAAACAGGUGUUCUACUCCGCUAGCCAGCACCUCGCCGAAACAGGUGUUCUACUCCGCAAGCCAGCACCUCGCCGAAACAGGUGUUCUACUCCGCAAGCCAGCACCUCGCCGAAACAGGUGUUCUACUCCGCAAGCCAGCACCUCGCCGAAACAGGUGUUCUACUCCGCAAGCCAGCACCUCGCCGAAACAGGUGUGCGUUUCUUUCGCCUCCAGAAUGAUCCUGUAAGUAGCGUAACGUACUAGCGAUCGGUUUUGUUUUUUCAAGAGCUCCUAAUGUGUCAAAUAAUUGUGGCGACCAUAUCUGUAUGACUUCGGCUGUAGGUGUCAUGUGUUAGGCCAUGUUUUGUGUUCUUAUCAUUAAAUAGCUGUUCGUUCGUGUGAGUUUGUGUAAGUGUGAAAACACAGAAGCAUAUGUUCAUAUUGAAUGAAGUUCUGUUUUUGUUAUAUAUGUGUUUGUGUUGAAGCUAGAAUCCUUUGUUAAAACAAUAUCAACAUGUCUCCCUGUCCCUGUUUCGCUAAAAAGCUUAGGGAUGGGGCUGGAGAAAUGUAACUACUCUCAAAUUCAUAUACAGCGCUAUGGAUGCAAGGACUGACCAUCCAUGAUUUCAAAUGUAUCGUUUUAACCAUGUUUCGAGGCUAUACAGUGUUUGUUUACAUUUACAUUGUUGACAAACAUUGGGGUAAAACAAGCUUAUGUUUGUGUUCUGAUAGGGUACGACUGUUGAACUAAGCUCAUGAGGCAUUUAUAAGUUAUAUUCUUCAAGAGUCAAUGGGUAUAUGCCGAAACUAAGGAUCAUAGCUUUUUUUUAACGUCUUUGAUACUGUUCUUGAUUAAUGAGAUGUUUAAUAAAUGCAUUUGUGGAAAAUC